AUGAUGAUGGUACUAAAAUACUAGAUGUGCUAUCUCGUAAACUUCGACGACAACGACGAAUUGUGUUCCCAGAUGACAGUGUUGGCUCCCCAGAUGAUGACGAUGAUGACGAUGUGGUGAUGCUAGUAAAAUCUAUAAAAGAGAUAACGGAGCAUAAAUACAAUCGAUUAUUAAAUACUUUUAAUCACGAAACAGUUAUUA